AUGCUAUCCUCUAUCCUGCUUUGGGGACUUAUUGCCCUCAUUGGCACUUCUAGGGGCUCGUACCCUUUCACUCACUCAAUGAAGCCCCACCUGCAUCCCCGCCUAUACCAUGGCUGCUAUGGUGACAUCAUGACCAUGGAGACCUCUGGUGCCGCCUGUGAUAUAACCAGGUUGAUGAACUGUGGGAUCCGUGGUUCUGAAAUGUUUGCUGAGAUGGAUUUGAGAGCCUUAAAGACUUACCAGAUUCUGAUCAAAGAAGUUGGGCUGAGGCAUUGUGUAGACCCUGCACUCAUUGCUGCCAUCAUCUCCAGAGAAAGCCAUGGUGGAGCCGUCCUGAAAGAUGGUUGGGACCACAGGGGACUUAAAUUUGGCUUGAUGCAGCUUGAUAAAAAAAUUCAUCACCCUGUUGGUACCUGGGACAGCAAAGAACACCUUCUGCAGGCUGUUGGGAUUCUCACAGACAAAAUUAAGGCAAUCCAGAAAAAAUUCCCCACGUGGAAUGUGGCUCAACACCUCAAAGGUGGUCUCUCGGCCUAUAAGUCAGGAAUCGAUGCCAUUGUCACCCCAGUGGAUAUAGACAAUGACUUGGUCAAUGAUCUUCUCGCUCGAGCUAAAUUCUAUAAAAGACAUGGCUUCUAGGCAAAGCUCUGUGGGUGGGCUGGGUUGGCAGGUGUUCAGAUGGCCCCUCAUAGAGAGUUUGAUAUUGAUGUGUUGUACUCAACACAAAGAAAUGGUUGCAAUUAUGACAGAAAAUUCAUUUCUCAGUUUUCUUAAUGCAAAUAAGCAUUACAAAAGAAAAGGAAAAGGAAACCCACUCAGUUCAUAAUAUAAUUCCCAUGAAAUGUUCACAGACAUAUAUGCAUAAUUAUUUCAUAGUAAACUUGAUUAUCAUGGUAAGUGACAUCUACAUAUUUCAGUGAGGCCUUAUUUUAUUCCAUGAUUUCAAAGCCCACUGACCCUCUGUGUUACCAGAAUUGUUAACAAGAGAGCCUGAUCUGAACCUUUCUCCCUUUCCAAGUAUCUGUCCAAGCCACUAAGGCUUUGAUUGUGAGAUAUGCUUAACUCAAAAGCCAGUCAACCUGUGGGACAAUGGAGAAGCUAGAGAUGGAAUUCUAGUUUCACAAGUAACUGAGAGCUGACUGUGGUGAAGCUGAUCUUCUAAAAGUGUUAUAUACUAUGUCCCUGGCUCACACCAACCUUCUGUGUAUUCUUCCUUUUGUUUGCUGAAGAUCCAGGGACUGGCUUCUACUUUCAGUAAUUCCUGCCACAUAUAUGUUCAAAGAGUCCACUCUCCACAAAACAUGGCAGAAGAUAAGCAUAUAGGACCUGAAUGAGAUAUGGUUCUUCAGUUGCGAGCAAAAGUAACCAAUUCUGGAAAAUUUAAGGAACAAAAGCAAUUAUGAGAAGAAGGCUGUCAAAAGGCUCAUAGAAACUAGGUCAAGGACAUAAAGAGAAACCAGGCAGCUCUGUGCAGCAGGAACCAGUUGACCAUUCUUGAUAGCAUUCCCACUGCAUGAAUGAAUUAGCACUCUCCUUGCAUAAAUGUACUCCAGAUAUUUUUCAUCCAUCCUUUUAUCAUUCUGCUUCACUUUCAUAGUUCCAUAAGAGAUAUUCUGAUGAGCUUAUCUUGGGUUAUAUAUACAUUCUUACUCCUUGGCUACUUUGCUCUUUGGUCUGGUUCAGACCACCCAUAAUGGAAAAGAGAUCCCUAGAAUGAAAAGCCUGGUAUAGUUUGUAGCUUUACAGUCAUCCUCAGGAGAGAACACAAAUAAUAAUGUCAGAGUAUAAAGCCCUCAAAGUCCCUACUGACAUGGCUCCUGCUGGGCCUUUAGCUUUUGAGGGGAAUAUUUUUUUUUUGAGGGGAAUAUUUGAUAAAAGUUUCUACCCAUUACUUCUCUUUAUGAGAAGGAAUCAAAAUUAAACACAUCUAUCUCUGAGUGCCCCUGGAGAAAGCCAGGUAAACCCUUCUCUGCCCAACAACCCCUUACCCUAGCCUGAAGAUUUGACCCAGGCAGAACUGGGACCCUGUGUUUCACUGGGCGGAGCCAAUGGUCAGCUAUGAUGGCAGCCCAGCAGCAUACAGUCCAGCAUCCUUUAUAAUUGGUUGAAAACCAUACUGUACCAGUUGUUAAAUAUUUUGAUUAUCAGCCCUGCAUGUGGGCAAUCCAGAAUGUUCUUUAGAUGUUUACUUAAGAAUGAUUUCUUCCGGGUUCCCCCAAAAGCAUGUACUCCACUUAAUUGCCAGCCCCUUCAAUGUCACUACCUGAAGCAAUAAAGUAUGUCAGGUAAGAUAAUUUUCAAGUAAUUUGAAAAACAACAAAUAGUUUGCUGACUUAGAUUCUGAAUUGAUUCCCCCAGUAGUCUCUUUAUGACUGGGAUACCAAAGGUGAUGUUCUAUAGGAAAGUCCAUAUUUAAGGUGUCUUAGUUUGGUUCCCAUAGAAACAGACCCUGAGACAAGGAGUCGGGUCCAGGUAGCUUAUUUGAGAGGUACAAGGAACACUGGUAUGAACUGGCUUGGUGAUACCGGGAAAGGAAGAAAGCCAGCAAAAUGUGUGUCAUUAAACCAGCUAACAUGAUGGGCACUGGAGCUCACCCCCACCCCCCAAGCAAACAUUAAGGAAUGGUACAAAAUGCACAAGUCAGAAUUAUCUACACAUGGGAUAAGGAGCUGGGGCAUUUAUACAUCUACUUUAAGAGCCAUUAAUUGAGGGAUCUUCCUGUUGGGGGCUGGGGAGAGCCUGUUACUUCUGUGCUCCUCUGCUCUGCCAUGCAAAUAGGCAGCACACUUUUCUGCAGUUCCAAGGAAAGGAGAUUGUAGGCACAGAUGCAGAUACUGGCAGCUGGAAAUCACUUGAGAAUCCCGGAAUGUCUAGGGAUAUGGGAAGGGCACUGACAGCAUCACUUCACAAAGCUUAGGUAUACCUGGAGGUUGAGGAAAUCUCUCCAAUACUGUUUGCUUUCCUCCAUGACCCAACAACACAUUAAGAAUAUGGAAAUAAAUACAAGCCUCAUUAUUCCUCAUGAUUUCCAGGCCAAGUUCUUCCAUAAUCUAUUAGAAUUACUAAUUAGAAAUGAUAGAACUGUCUCACUCUAUUUUUCCAGUUGAUAUUGAGAACAAUAUUAAAGAUGUUAGACUCAAAUGUGACUCCAUUAUUCUUUCAAUAAUCUCCAAUUUUC